AUGCUAAUUAAAAAGUUAGGAAGGGCGAUAUUCGAUUUUAAAUGUUAUGGGCUGACAUUAAUAAAUUAUAAAAAGGGAACUAAGAGUUUCAUGAGUUUAGAAAAUAAUUACAGAGAUAUUUAAUUUGAUGAUAUAGUUAAUAAUUUAGGAGAAAGCCACAAGGAGUUGGCAUAAAAAUUCAAGGAAGCAGCGAAAUUUUCUAAUUUAACUGAGCUAAAUGAUGGACAAAUAAAGAUUAUACUUGAAAACUAUAAAAAAGAGACAGGAGAAGUAGCAAUUGAUUCUAAAACAGUAAAUAAGAAAGAAAAUCACUUUAAAAUGUUCUACAAUCUUGUAUAACUUGUAGAAAGAGAUAUCACUCUUCUUGUGGCUAAUUAAUAUUUUAAAGAUUUAGAAAUCACGAAUGGAUAGAGUUUUAAAGGAGCCAGAAUUUUGUAAGGUAAAGCAAGCUCAGGAGUAAAGGCAUUGAGAUACGCAAAGGAAAUAGAUCCAUCGUAUAUCCAAGAUAUAACAGUAAUUGAAAAAGAUAUUAACUUCCCUGAAUACUUCAAGUUAUUAGCUCAUUACAAUGAUAUUGACAUGUCUAAAUUUAAAAUUGUAAAUAAAGAGACAAACCACUUUUAUUUGAGCAAAAUUUUAGAGAACAUGGAUAAAUAUGACUAACCUGAGUUGUAUGAUUUUAUAGAUAUUGAAGAGUAUGGUUCUUCUAUUGACACUAUUCGUUAGGCUAUUAAAUUGGUUAAAAACGGCGGUAUGAUUUCUGCUAUGUUCACAGAUAUGUCUACUUUAUGUGGACCUAAUGUUAUAAAAUGUUACAGCAGUUAUAACAAGUUUAGAAUAAGACUUGCUUCUUUAAAUGAAAAUGCAAUCAGAAUUAUUUAUUCUACUAUUUUAGACAUAGCAACUUAGAAUAACUAUUCAAUAGAACCAGUUGUUUCUUUUUAGAGUGAUUUUUAUAUUAAGAUUUUCUUCAGAGUUCACCACAACGGAGUCGAAUCUCAAAAAGCCCUUGAGAAGUUGAGCUUGGUUUACUAAUGCAGUGAGUGCCCUAAUUAUCACGUUCAUACAAUAGCCAAAGUUUAAUAAAAUACUAUUGAAAAUGUUUAAAACGGAACCUUGAAGCUCGAGUCUUCAAUGGACUUAAAAUUGAAUGAACUAAAAGUUCCAAGCAAUUGCAAUGUUUGCGAAUCUAGCUGGAUUCUGAAUGGUCCUCUAUGGAAUUAGCCAUUGCAUAAUUACAAAUUUGUAUAGAAUGUGCUUAGAAAUUUGUAAUCAACUGGAAGCGAAAAGGUGUUUAGCAAAAAUAAAAUUAUGCUCAUUCAGUCUCAUUUAAAGUUGACAGCUUAUUUAGAAGCAAUUCUUUAAGAGAAAGAAUUCGACAAGUUUAUUUUAGGCUACAAUUUGACUUUGAUCAAUGGCUUCUAUAAAGCAAAAACUUAUCCUACCACAAAUCACAUUAAGAGAGCUUUGGCUAGAGCUGGAUAUACAAUUAAUAGAUCAAUUUUUGAGAAAAAGAUUUACAAAACUAACGCCCCUUCUAAUGUAAUAUUUGAUACAAUGAGAGGAUGGAAAUGGGUGAGUGAUAAAUUUAAAGAAGGUCAAAGCAUGUAUCCAAAUUAAAAUUAAACCAAUUAAAAGCAGCCAGAAUAAGAAGACUAGAACAGUCCCUAUUCUAGAGCUAUGCGCAAACAAUAACAAUUUUACCCUAAAUUCUCCAAACUUAAUCACCUCGAAAUCGAAAAUAUAAAAAAUAAUAACAUCGACAUGGAUUACUUUUAAAAACCAUAAAAAACUGUGUUCUAUCCCAACCCUACUGAAAAUUGGGGACCAAAGAAACCCUUUUCUAUUGCUUACACUCACAAAUUCGAAAAGUAAAAAAUAAAAGAUGAAAAUUUAGAUGACAACUAGAUUUUUACUUAGAAUGAAAAUGACUCAAAUGAUAAUAGUAGCGGAGAAGAAAAAUGA